CUGCAGCAUCAGCUGGCGUCUGGCCAUCUGCGAGCGUCGGCCCUCAACAUAUGACCUUCACACCUUGAUAGCCCAGUACUCAGACCCGGUCGGUAGCCAUGGAAGAAGCCUUCAAGCGUAAAUUCGUCUGCAGUUGGCCUGAGUGUCGUCGAUCCUUUGGAAAAGCUGAGCAUCUCCAGCGCCACCAGCGGGGUCAUACUGGUGAUGCUCGACAUGAAUGCCCGAUUUGUCAAAAGCGGUUUAUCCGGCGGGAUGUAAUGACAAGACAUGCCGCUCUCCACGGGGAGGCCGUUGGUUUGGUCAAGAAAACUCGGAAGGUGUCAUGCAAAGCAUGUGCCGCUUCGAAGCUUCGUUGUGAUGGAGCGCCUGGAACGACAUGUCGGAGAUGUCUGCACACUAGCCAACCGUGUCUCUACAUAUCAAGAGAUAGAACCCCCCAAAAUCCCCUAACACUGGAUCAGUUUGGCGAGAGUCGAAUGGAGAGCACGUUGGAGACCGGCUCAAGUAGGCCUUUUCUGCCUGAGAACUCUGCUGUCAGUACGGAACCUGGCGCCAGGCAAACCUCUGUGGCAUGCGUUGAUCCCCCCCAACCAACAUUAAGAACAAAUUGCGCACCCUUGGAAGGCAGCGCUGUUGGCCGUUUUCAAUCUCAAGCCCCUGAUGGGGUUGACUUCUCACUUGACCGCCUUUACGAUUUUUCAACUGACCCGUUUGAAAGCUAUAUGGGAUGGAGCUACAGUGGAGAGGAGAUCAAUAUUUUUACGGAUUCCAACGAGUUUUCCCCUGUUAUACCGCCAGCGUGCUGGCCCUCUCUUUCAACACCCAUGCAUUCGCCUGCGCACUCGGCGCAAAGAGCAGUACACGAUGCGUCAUAUAUCACAUUAAUACGAGAUGCGCAGCCGGCCGAUAGCCCCUGGCCACAUGUCUACAAGCCCAGCAGAGACGAUGAACAAUUGAGUAUCAUCGAAGUAGAUCCAUGUUCAACCUUACAGCCGAUCUUCCAAUGGGAAUGCCCUGAUCAUGUCGAUAUUUCCACUCGCGAAGCAAUAUUGUCAGUCAUAAACCGUGCUCAUCAGCCGCAUUGGCCGACGGUCGACGUGUCCGCCUUUCCGUCAACCCGCACAUUGUCUACUUGCAUCAAUUUUUACUUUCAGCAUUUCCACGAAACCCUGCCAAUCCUUUGCCGCUCAUCCUUCCAAUCAGGUGAGCACAGUCCAGUUCUAUUGUUGGCCAUGGCAGCCAUUGGGGCUAUGUACUCCCCAAAGCGAAUGACCAGACUUGCUGUAGGCCUCAAUGAAUUGUGCAGGAGAGCAAUUGUAUACCUGAGAGAAAGUGACCGGCAUCUCAUGUUUGAUACUUCGAUCGUGCAGGCCUGGUUGCUCCAGUCGAUCUUCGGACUUUUCUGCGGUUCUCGACUGCUCUACCACCAUGCCGAAGUUAGUCGUGGUGGAUUGGUCACGGCCGCUCGGCGAAUGCACCUUCUUCGCCCAGCGUUUUCUUUUGUCAAAGAGCUCGAACAGCACGGAGGGACCGCCUCCACUGACGAAUUAGAGAAAGCACGUAUGAAGGACGAGGAGCGUUGUAGGCUAGGCUGGGGGGUUUAUCUCUAUGACAUGCAAAUCUCCGCUUUGUUGAAUAUCUCGCCUCAUUUUUCAGUCGGUGAGGUUGAUAUAUCACUUCCUUGGAACGAGGACGUUUGGGAAUCCCGCUCUCCUCACACACAUGAUGACUCUGCUCAGCCAUCAAGUGGCACCCUCAAUUUCCGUCAAGUUCUUGAGGACCUGCUAUCAGUGGGCAAGCUGCCACAGACAUUGAGCCCGUUUGCUCUCUCUAUAAUUGCACAUACCCUCCACAGGCUUUGUUCCGACGCGGCUUCCUUAGACUCACUUUGUGUAGCCCAGCCAGUCGAUAAUCCUUCGUUCUAUCGACUACCAUUUCCGGCGAAUAUCAAGCACAAUCCACAGAGAUUACUUGAUCAGUUAUCCGUGUACUUUCAUUCGCUGUCCCUUCCACCUACCCCUUCUCUUCUGAGUGUGUCGGCUCUAUCUCAUCUUGGGCAUCUGCAGUUCACAUGGACUGGAUUUCUGGACAAAGUGAAAAUCGCUGCUGGCAAGUCAGGGACCGAGGAGAGCAAGCUCAAUGCACGCUCAUGGCUUUCCUCCAAAAUCUCGGAUGAUGUGGUCGGUGCAAGGUCUAUUCUUGUCCAUGCCGGGCGACUCAAUGCCCUCCUUAUUCGAUUUCCGUUCGACAAUCCCUGCGAAACACUGUGGAUGUUUUACGCUGCGCUGGCAUUGUGGGCGAUUAUAAAAUUCGGCAGUGAUUUGAAUAUCUCGUCCUCUGGUUCUAAGCGAACAGUCGUAACAUGGUCUGAAUUUGAUAAUGCUGAUGAGUGGAUUCAACAUGGAGGCCAGGUUUUUUUUCAAGGCCUUGGAAAUCUGGCGGACCUGCCGAUAUCCAAACUCUUGUCUACGUUUUACGAACGACUGGAGUUCAUGUCAUGGGGUGUCUCCGUACAAUUUCGCCAUGUGCUGUUGGAUCUAGCGAAGGAAACUGCUUAAGUCGAGUAUCGUUCUGAAGACACCUAAACUAAAACACAGAAUCAGUCUACACCGAGCGAUGAUGUCUGGCUAGAAGACUCAAUAGUUAGGUAGUUGAAGUGGAGACCCGAAAUGAAUCCAUCAUCCACUCGGGGUCUCCACUACAUAUAUCCCCAACGUUGGCCGAGAAAACCCCACAUCCAUCGGAGUUGUUCGAGGUUGAUUUGGAGGAGAAUUUCUCCUUUCUUUGUUCAUAUAUAGACAAGGUCACUUCACUUUUACCAACAAGCGUGUGAAUCUGCAACCACAAAGAUGUCCGUUCCGUCUCAUUUUAAGCUCAACACCGGCGGCUCAAUACCCGCAGUUGGACUCGG